AUUCAUUCAUUCAUUCUAGCUUACGCAACGCCUAUGCUUAUAAAUGUCUCAAGCUGGAAUAUCAUGAUGAAAGAGCCUUGCACUUUCGGGUUUCGUCUCUUUUGGAAUUGUAUAGCUACAUGACCUUUGCGCGAAGUACCUAAUUAUCCACCUGGGCAUAGUCACAGCUUUAAAUAUGACUUCAGAAGUACUUGAAAAUCGUCCUGGGAGAAAAGGAAUGCACAACUCCACUCCAGAAUAUCCAGAAUCGGACUUGGGAGAAGGAGAGAUUCAGUUCAUCACCGUCAGCCACCCGUCUCAGCUCAAAGGGAAGCCUGCUCAGAAAAUUAUUCGGAAACAUGUAAUGGGAGAAGUCGCAAAGGCAAAACGACGAGUUCAAAGAACGUAUCAAGUUUCCUCGAAUGAACAAUCUUUUAAAGGUGGAAAGGGGACGAAAGCUCUCUCCCUCUCAUGGCUAGGGGCAGGGGAGGUUGACCCUUUUGUGAAGUAUCCCAUUGAGCUGGAUGGGUCUUCCCGUGCGCUGGUCGCAAAUAUUUUCCAGGGCAAAGGAUCCGCACAGAGAGCGCUCCGAAACGCAUGGUACUCCGUAGGCUUAUUCGACUUUGCUGCGUUCCACCUCGUCCUCUCCAAUUCAGCGUUGGCAAUUCAGAUGCUCCGCAACGGGCUGAAGUUUGUCAACAACGAAGACUCAGAGGUCUUGAAGCACCAUGUGAUAGCCACUCGGUCAAUUAAUGCGAGACUUGCGAGUCCAGAUCAUCGGACGAGCGAUGGAGUUAUUGGUGCGGUCGCGGGACUUGUGUGCCAUGACUAUGUAUCUGGGCUAUAUGAGCGUUGGAGGAUACAUGUUAAUGGCCUGAAAGAGCUUAUUGCCCUACGAGGUGGUAUUGAUACUAUCAAACGAGAAGACUUGAGGGAUACGAUUACUUGGGUCGACCUCUGCGGCGCAUACUGCCAGGACAUACCCCCCAGCUUUCCCACCCCGCGCUCCUGGAAAACAUACCCACAGCCCUUCUCCCCCUUCCUCGCCAACUCCAAAUUCUCCUCCCCGCUCACUGCCGCCUUCAAGAAACGCAUGUAUCAACAUCCUGAAAUCGUCAGCAUAUUCGACGACCUCACAGCCUGCACCGCCUUAACAUCCUACGAAUCCAAACACCUCGGCCCCGACUACUGGCUCAAGUCGACCUUUGCCCCAUACGGGGCCUGGACGAAUCCUACAAUCCACAGACUGCUUACGCUAAGGCCACUCAGUCUAGAAUGUACCCAGGAAACGGUGAUUGCGGAGGUGUGCCGCGCGGGUGGACUGCUCUAUAUUGCGCCCAUUUGGCGGAAGUUUGGGGCGUCGCCGGCUCGUACUGCUGAUCUGAUAAAGCAUCUUAUGAGUACUCUGGAGACUUAUGUCGUCGAUUGGGGCGAGCUUCGGCCGUUUUUAUUGUGGACGAUGUUUUUUGGGUGUCUUGAAGCGCCGGCUGGAGACGAGCGCGAUUGGUUUCUUUUUAGAAUUGCGAAGUUGAUGAGGUCGUUGGAAAUGAAGUGGGCAGAUUAUAUGGCACCUGUUAGGGGUGUGAUGUUUCUUGAUGAAGUCUUUGCGGGAACCGACGGGUUUGUGAGGGCAGAGAUUGAGGAAUUCUUGUCACGUGUGUCGCAGGUCAAUAUUGUGUAGUGACGGUUGUGAAGCAAGGGGCAUGAUCCACUACAUGAUCACUUCCGAUAAUGGCGAAUGAAAGCGCCUACAUAGGAUAUCUUAUGAAAGCCUGACUCAAUCGGAAAUGGCCUCAAGACCCGCUUUUGCC